UUGUCUUCAAGCACUUUGCUUAACAGAAUGACGUCACUGUGCCUGCUGUCUGUUCUCCUCCUUGUGGGGGCCUCAACUCUGGCUGCUGGAGCCAAGGACUAUAAGCUAGCGUUGAAAAAGUCCAUCUUAUUCUAUGAGGCUCAGCGCUCGGGUCCCAUCAAUGAUCACAUUAUCCCAUGGCGUCACUCUUCGGCCAUGCAUGACUGCACAGUUGGUGGCUGGUAUGACGCUGGAGACCACGUAAAGUUUGGACUUCCUAUGGCGGCAUCUUCCCAUCUUUUGAUGUGGGGUCUCUAUGAGUUUAGGGACGGUUAUACGCAGGCGGGUGAACUGAACCAGAUGUACCACAUGCUUAAGACGCCACUGAACUACUUCAAGGCGGCCUGGAAUGCGCAUGCGCAUAAACUGACAGCUCAAGUGGGAGACGGCGAUGCUGACCAUGCGUACUGGGGUCGUCCAGAGGACAUGAAAAUGUCUAGACCAUGUAUGUACAUCGACAGCCACAACCCAGGAAGCGACAUUGCUGGAGAAACAGCAGCUGCUAUGGCUCUUGGAUACCUCGUUUUCAAACAAAAAGACCACAACUACGCUAACGGUCUCCUGAGUUCAGCUAAGAGCCUGUAUGCCUUUGCCAAAGCUCACCCUGGAGUGUUCACGAAAUCUGAAAAAUUCUACAAAGAUGGCGGUUAUAAAGACGAGAUGUGCCUUGGGGCCGUUUGGCUGUACCGUGCAACCAAAGAUUCUAAGUAUCUAAACGAUGCUAAGCACUUCUAUGAGGCUGGAGUUCCAUGGGCCUUGAGCUGGGGCGACAAGAAAGUAGCCUGCCAGUUCCUGUUGUACCAGGAGGGCAACAACGGAUACAAAAAUGACGUCACCAAUUUUUUAAACCAGUUUCUGCCCGGUGGGAACGUAAAAAAACUUCCGUGUGGUUUAGCGGCCAGAGAUGACUGGGGCUCCAACAGAUACGCAGCCAAUGCUGCAUUCCUGGCUUUGCUGGCUGCGAAGGAAAACAUCAACCCAACCCAUUUCAGGAAGUUUGCCGUGGAGCAGAUCAACUACAUUCUUGGUGACAACCAUAUCAAUGGUGGAUGCUUCAGCUUCGAGAUCGGUUACGGUUCCAAAUUUCCACGUAAACCUCACCACAGGGGAGCAUCCUGCCCCACUCACGGAACGUGCGGUAGCGCGGACCUGAACAGCCAUGCCAACAGCCCACAAAUUCUCCAAGGCGCUGUCGUAGGCGGCCCUGACCUUGGAAACGUCUACACAGACUCAAGGACUGACUACCAGCACAACGAGGUAGCCACAGACUACAACUCCGGAUUCCAGGGAGCUUUGGCUGGUAUUGUCACCCUGCAGCUUCACCACCAAAUGCCAAGCGUACGCACUGACUGUCAGUGCAAACACUAAGGGUGUCAACUCCCCCGACGAUGACCUGAUGACUCUCUUGAUGGUCUGAAGGACGCAUCGUUAUUGUAUUAAUGUGCAUUACUCUUCAAUAUAGAUUGAAUAAUGCAUUAUUAAAUUUUGUCUUGAUAAUCUUGAAUGCAAUGAUAUAUUUCGAUCUGUUAGCAUCAUGGCUUUGAUUAAGUGUUUUCGUGUUUUUUAAUUGUGAAACAUAAAGAUAGGGGUGAUCCUUGAGGCCCAUUUUCCAAACCAAAAACUUGAGAUAAAAUCUGUA